CGUAUACUAUUGCUACACGUGUCCCUCUCUUCCCCCCUCUCUCUGUGUGUGUCUGCUGCAGUGGCGGAUGGCUCUGACGUGGCAGCCCGACCCGGGCUCGCUGCAGCAGAUCAUGCACCUUCUGAAGGAGAGUCAGAGUCCCGACACCAAGACUCAGCAGGAACUGAAACCCAAACUGGAGGCCCUGAAUCAGUACCCAGACUUCAACAACUAUCUGGUCUAUGUCUUCACUAAGGUGAAGACAGAAGACGAGCCAACCAGGGCCAUAGCUGGGCUCAUUCUCAAGAACAACGCCAAAGUCUACUAUGCCAGUUUCCCUGCUGAGAUCAAGAGUUUCAUCAAACAGGAGGCACUGCAGGCGAUUGGAGACCCCUCCCCCCUCAUUAGGGCCACAGCUGGGACCCUAAUUUCCACCAUUGCCAUGAGAGGAGAGCUGGCCAGUUGGCCGGAGCUCCUCCCCUCUCUCUGCCACUUCAUUGACGAUCCAAACUACACUGUGUGUGAGGGAGCCUUCUCUGCCCUCCACAAGAUCUGUGAGGAUUGCUAUGACCAGCUGGACAGCGAUGCCCUUGACAGACCUCUCAAUGUGCUCAUUCCCAAGUUCAUUCAGUUCUUCUCUCACCAGAGUCCCUCUAUCAGGUCUCAUGCGAUAGCUUGUGUCAAUCAGUUUAUCAUCACAAUGCCAACAGCCCUCGUUGCAAACAUUGUCCCUUUCAUUGAGGGUCUGUUUGCGGUGGCUGGAGAUGAAGACCCAGAGGUGAGGAAGAACGUCUGCAGGGCUCUAGUGAUGCUGCUAGAUGUGCGAGCCACUGACCUCCUCUCUCACAUGCACCCUAUCAUUGAGUACAUGCUGGUGAGGACCCAGGACGCUAAUGAGGCGGUGUCUCUCGAGGCCUGUGAGUUCUGGCUCACUCUGGCUGACCAGGCCAUCUGUAAGGAAGCUCUUGGUCCACACCUCAACCAGCUCAUUCCAAUCCUUCUGAAUGGGAUGAAGUAUGCGGAGAUUGACCUCAUUCUAUUAAAGGCUGAUGCAGAGGAAGACCAGGAUGUCCCUGACAAAGAUUCUGACAUCAGACCUCGGUUCCACAGAGCCAGGACCCAUCACCAGGAAGGAGCCAGGCCUGAUGGGGCCGACGGUGACGAUGACAGAGACAGUGACGAGGAAGAUCUGACUGCUGACUCUCUGUCCGACUGGAACCUUCGCAAGUGCUCAGCUGCAGCGCUGGACGUGUUGUCCAACGUGUUUAACGAGGAUCUGCUGCCGGUUCUCCUCCCCCUGCUCAAACAGAACCUGUCCUCCCAGGACUGGCUGGUUAAGGAAGCGGCAAUCUUGGCUCUGGGGGCAGUGUCUGAAGGCUGUAUGAACGGGAUGCUGGCCCACUUGCCACAGCUUGUGUCAUUCCUCAUCUCCUCUCUCUCUGACCGGAAGGCUCUGGUCAGAUCCAUCACGUGCUGGACCCUCUCUCGCUACUCACACUGGAUCGUCAGUCAGCCUCAUGACCAGUUCCUCAAGAGACUCAUGUCUGAGCUGCUGCAGAGGGUCCUGGAUUCCAACAAGAGAGUGCAGGAAGCUGCGUGCUCUGCCUUUGCCACUCUGGAAGAGGAGGCCUGCACUGAGCUGGUGCCUUACCUGGCAGAGAUCCUCCAGGUGCUGAUGUCUGCCUUCUCCAAGUAUCAGGCCAAGAAUCUGCUCAUCCUCUAUGACGCCAUCGGAACUCUCGCAGACUCUGUUGGCAACCACCUCAACAAAGCAGAGUUCAUUCAGCUCCUGAUGCCUCCUCUCAUUGGCAAGUGGAAUGAACUCAAAGACGAAGACAAAGAUCUCUUUCCUCUGUUAGAGUGCCUGUCGUCAGUGGCCACUGCUCUGCAGUCGGGGUUCCUGCCAUACUGUGAGCCAGUCUUCCAGAGGUGUGUGGGACUAGUGGCCCACACCCUGCACCAGACUCAGGUGGCCAUCGCUAACCCCGAGCUCUGCGCUCCUCCUGACAAGGAGUUCAUGAUCGUUGCUCUCGACCUCCUCUCUGGCAUGGCAGAGGGGCUGGGCAGCAAUAUUGAAGCUCUGGUAGUUCGCUCCAACAUCCUGACCCUCCUCUACCAGUGUAUGCAGGACCCAAUGCCGGAGGUGCGACAGAGCUCCUUUGCUCUUCUGGGAGACCUCACCAAAGCCUGCUUCCAGCAUGUCAAACCUUGUGUAGGCGAGUUCAUGCAGGUCCUGGGCAGGAACUGAACACUGCCUGUAUCAGUGUUUGCAAUAACUCCACGUGGGCCAUUGGAGAGCUGUCCCUCCAGCUGGGGAAGGAGAUGCAGCCACACCUACAGCUGGUCCUCUCUCAACUCAUUGAGAAUAUCAACAGACCUAACACCCCAAAGACCUUGCUGGAGAACACAGCCAUCACCAUCGGCCGACUGGGGUUGGUGUGUCCGGUUGAAGUGGCUCCUUUCCUGCCGCAGUUCCUGCCCAUGUGGUGCCAGACUCUGCGGACCAUCAGGGACAAUGAGGAGAAGGACUCUGCCUUCCGUGGGAUAUGUGCCAUGAUCAGUGUCAACCCUCAGGGAGUCCUCCAACACUUCAUGUUCUUCUGCGACGCCGUGGCCUCCUGGAAUACUCCUAGAGACGAUCUGAAGGAGACGUUCCAUAAGAUCCUCCAUGGGUUCAAGAACGAGGUGGGAGAGGACAACUGGCGGGCGUUUGCGGAGCAAUUUCCCCUUGCACUGAAGGAGAAACUGGGCACUACCUAUCAUGUGUGAAUGCUGUGGUGAGACUGUCAGGAAUGGCGUCGUGUCUCCUCACCUCCCGACACUAUCCCUCCUCAGAUUGCAGUCGUCUUUGUCUGUCUGUCACUCUGUGAUUCUUGUUCUGGGGCAAGGAGCCGCUCUCUUCUAGGCCGACAGUUUAUUUUUCUUAGACAAUGGCAGGCUCGUUUCAGAGGUCCCCUCCCCCCACUCCUGUUAGUGGGUAGGGAAAAGGGCCUCUUAGGACGUUUCAGAUUAUCUUUAGAAGUCCGUUUUCAGGUUUUGGUUUUGGGUACCUGCUGCUCAGCAGCUACCCAUCUUCUGUGUGUGAUGCAACUGCUUUGGUUUGGCUGUUGCUCUGCAGCACAGCCCUUUAUUCUAUAGCUCUUUUUAGGCUCAAUGUUUUGUUGUAUCAUUAGGAGUUAUUAACUGCUGUACUCUCUCCCUCUCCCCCUCCUGGCUCUGCUCUGUGUAUGUGUUGUGUGAUGUCAUUUCGUGUCAAUCAAAACUUCAGUGGACAGUGGGUAGGCAUUAGCUUGCACUCUCUAAGAUCUGAAGACUUAGUGUGUAAGAGCUUAACUG